GGAUUGUGGCUGCAACGUUCUCACGCUCCUCCUCGAACCACUUCAUCAGGUGAACGAGUUAAGAUCUUGUGUGGAAAACCCAUGGCCUCAAAUCAAGCUCGGAGGAGUCGAAGCCGGUCUAGAAGCCAGGAUAGAAUCUCUACCUAUGACAGGAGAAUUGCGAGGGACAGAGAGUCCUUCGUAGCAGACAGACAUGCUUCUGGACCUGGCCAUAGCCGACGUUUGGGAAUGGAUACCGAAAGAGGCGCACCCCGUCGGUCACGAUCCCCCCUUCGAUCACGUAGGCGCUCAAGAUCACGGUCUCGUAGCCCCAGACAUAAGCGCCAAUGGCCAAGGUCUCGCUCCCGCUCCCGUGGCCCCGAGCGCUCGCACUCUAGAGAAAGGCAUGAACGUCCCAAAGAGAGAGAAAAACACAAACAGAAACGUUCACGCUCCCGUUCAAGUUCUGUAUCAAGUUUGUCGGACACUGAUUCGGAGCGAAGGCGUCGUAAGAAGAAAGACAAGCACCGCAGUCGUGAGGAGAAGAGGGAAAGAAAGAGAGAAAAGAAAGAAAAGAAAGCAUGGGACUGCCUCUGGUGCUCAGUGGGGAAAAUACGGAAUUAUCAGUGAAACCGACUUCUACAACAAGACCCAGGAAUUUCGCACAUGGCUUCUGGAAGAGCGCAAGAUUAACCCGGAGUCCAUAUCCAAGGACCAGGAGCGCAAAGAAUUCGCUGUUUUUAUUGAAGAUUAUAACACUGCAACCCUCCCUCAUGAAAAAUAUUAUCACAUGGAGGCAUAUGAACGACGAAUGACGUCGUUACGAGCCGGCGAGUUUGUUCCACCGGCGGAAGACUCCUAUGAUCCCGAGGCUGAUUUACGGGCCCACUCUUUACGACACAAGAAAACGCCCGCCGAGCACGAAAGUUACUUGAGCAAGGAAGAGCUUAUGGAGUUGAGGAAGGUUCAAAGUGAGAGAGUUGAGGUUGGGAAGAUGAAACUCUUGGGUAUGGAAGUGAAACAAAAUAUGGGGGUUCGGAUGGAUAGAACCAUGUUUGAUGAUUGAUUGGUACUAUGUAGAGGCUAUCCUAACUUCUCCCAAGUUUCAAUACAAUGUGUACAUCUUUGCUGUAUCCUGCAAGCGGUCGAGACGUCCGACUACAGGACACAGGAUGAAGACAGACCACACUCUUAAGUAUAU